AUGCAUUGGUUCAGCAUCUUCAAUUCCUUCAUGAUCGUCGCGUUUCUCGCGGGAUUGGUCGCGGUUAUUAUGAUCCGCACUUUAAAAAUGGACUAUUUACGGUAUUCCAGAAGUAUCGCCGAUAUUGGCACUGCCGGAAAUGCCGACGAUUACGGCUGGAAACGGGUCCAUGGAGAUGUGUUUCGGCCCUGUCCCUAUUUCUCCAUUUAUUGUGUUUUAUUUGGGACAGGGGCCCAUAUCACCGCGACCCUAUUUCUGUGCCUAUUCUACAUCGUUCUCACGCCUCAUUAUUUGGGACAUGAUCGGGUUUUGCUCGUGGUUUUGAUUGGCUACCUCCUCGGCUUCCUUGUCAACGGAUUCUGCAGCGGCUCCGCCUACAAACAGGCCUUUUUCCCGCGGACUUCGCCUCACUGGCGCCGCGUCAUGCUCUUUUCCGCGGGACUCCUGCCCUGCGUGGGCGUGGCGGCGUACGCGGGAAUCAUGUGGCUGUCGGUGGCGGUGCGGUCGGUGUCGCAAUUCCCGUGGGAAACCGUCUUCUCUCUGCUCUGCUUGCUGCUGGUCGUGGGGCUGCCGCUGCACGUUCUGGGGACGCUGCUGGGCAGAACGGUGUUCGGCAAUCCGCACUAUCCGUGCCGCACGUCGGCAAUCCCGAGCGCGAUCCCCGCGAGUCCGUUCUACAGCCGGCACGACGUGCUGUGCGUGGUGAGCGGGAUUCUGCCGUUCGGCUGCGUGUUCAUCGAGGUGUUCUUCGUGUUCGCCUCCAUCUGGAGCUAUAAAUACUAUUACAUGUACGGGUUUUUGCUCGCCAUGACGGUGAUUUUGACGAUUAUUGAGGUGUGCGAGUCCAUCGUGGCCACAUACUUGCUCCUCAAUAGCGAGAACUAUCACUGGAGAUGGGCCUCCUUCGCCAACGGAGCGUCGCUGGGCGUUUAUUUAUUCCUUUAUUGUCUCUAUUACUACUUCCGAAAAACGCACAUGAAGGGAUUGUUGCAGACCCUUUCAUUCUUUACCGAAUCGACGCUGUUGGUGAUGGUCGUUUCGUUGUUCUGUGGAUUCAUUUCGACACUUGCUUCCGAAGUCUUCGUAAAGACGAUCUUUCGAAAUAUUAAGGUGGACUAAGAUGGUGUGU